GCCAAACCCCUUUGGCCCCCUUUUAUUAGAGCUCCGUUGUGACGGUGAAAGGAGACGAAGAAGCGACUCGAUUUCUGUGCCCUCUUUAAUUCCUGGAUUCGAGCAGGGAGGAGCGGAUCGCUGCGAGGGAAGGCGUGCGAUGAGGGGGGCGAGGCGGCCGAUCUACGCGGUGGCGACAUGGGUGAAGCGGCAGCCGCCCAAAGUGAAGGCGUUCCUGUGCGUGGUGGCGGGCAUCGCGGCCCUCGUCUUCCUCCGCUUCAUCGUUCACGACCACGACAACCUCUUCAUCGCCGCCGAGGCCGUCCACGCCCUCGGCAUCUCUGUUCUCAUCUAUAAGCUUACCAAGGAGAGGACAUGCGCUGGGCUUUCGUUGAAGUCUCAGGAUUUGACAGCUUUGUUUUUAGCUGCCAGACUUUAUUGCAGUUUUGUUAUGGAAUACGAUAUACACACAGUGCUAGAUACUGCUACACUUGCUACUACUCUUUGGGUUAUUUACAUGAUUCGUUUUAAGCUGAGGCCAAGUUACAUGGAGGAUAAGGACAAUUUUGCUAUAUAUUUUGUGGUUGUGCCUUGUGUGCUGUUAGCGCUUGUUGUUCAUCCUUCUACAUCUCACAAUAUUUUCAAUAGGAUCUGUUGGGCCUUUUGUGUUUAUCUGGAAGCUGUUUCGGUGUUGCCCCAGUUACGAUUGAUGCAGAACACGAAGAUUGUCGAACCGUUCACCGCUCACUAUGUUUUUGCUCUUGGGAUUGCAAGAUUUCUGAGUUGCGCUCACUGGGUCCUUCAGGUCCUGGACACUCAUGGACGACUGUUGACAGCUUUAGGGUAUGGUUUGUGGCCACCAAUGGUUCUUCUUGCCGAGAUCGUUCAAACUUUCAUUCUCGCUGAUUUCUGCUAUUAUUAUGUGAAGAGUGUUGUCGGUGGACAGCUGGUGCUACGGCUUCCGUCGGGUGUAGUGUGAUCUUCCACGCACAGUCAGAUUGAAUCAUCAACUUAAACUGAAUUAUUUGUCUGAGCAUACCGAAAUGCCUCCUCUCUUAUGCGAGGCCUGCAGCAGUUAGGGAUUCUCACCUGUGACACGUUGAGUUAUGAAGAAGUCUUACAUAUAGACACUAAUGUGGGUAGAAAUUGCACGUUAGCUGACUGUAUGCAGCAAGUAAAUAGUUUCUUGAGGAUGUUUUACGGUUGACGUUGGGUUGACUUCUUUUCUGUAACAAGACUUUCAACCUCCUAGCUUCAUAUUUUGUAGACUUAUCACAUCCGGCUUUUUCCCUUUGUACUAUGCUUUUGGUUUGAGAUGAAAGAGGAGGCCAAAGGAACGGUUGGUGGGGUUUUUUUUUCUUUGGAAUAGAUUA